AUGUCGGCGCACGUUAUGUGCUUGACCUCUUCCGGAGGGAUUCCUCUGUUUUCACGCCAGAAGGGAGACAGCGACACGAUGACUUUCUCGAAAAUUGCGUCCCUCAAUGGAGUUCACAUGUUCUUGAAAUCACACGACAUCACUCUCCUGAGCACGGAUUUGCCGGACGUGACGGUGGCGUGGAAAGAAUUCGAGCAGUGCAUCAUACUGAUAGCAAUCGCGAGCGGAGUAACGAAAUAUGUGCUGGACAAGUUUUUGGACGCCACCUUUGGCGCAAUGAUUCUCUUCACCGGCAUCGAUGAGAUAAAGAAUACUAAAAAUAUAGAGAGGCUCAAGAAGGAUAUGCGUCUAUGCAGUCCUAUUAUCGACAGAUUAAUGGACUGCUUGAACAUAGGGGACAAAAUUUCUACGAAAACCGAUAUGAUCAACAUGACGGAAUGCAUCAUAUCCUCAGAGAGUCAUUUGCUUCAGACCUGUUUAGAGGGAUUUAUGGAAUGUUUGGACUCGAUGUACGGAUGUGUUCUGGUGCAUGGUUGCGUGGCGGCUGCUACGGAAGGCUGGUGGUCACUGGACCCUGUGGAAAGAAAGUUAUUAACGAUAGCGAUCGCUUCAGAGAGUAUUUGUACCACACGAGACAUUCCAGUGUUUCUACCACGUAAAAGUCCGAACGUAGCUUUCAGAUUGGUGUCUGUGACUCUAAUUAAUCAUGUAGAAGUUCUGGCGUUAUGUGGACCAAAUCCAGAAUUAACAGAAAUUGAGAGAUUUGCUGUGCAAUGCUGGAAGAGCAAUAUGGACACAUUAUGCACUGUUGAACAGUGUUAUCCGCGAAACUUACCUACGUCGGUCUCUUUAGAUAGUGAAACACUCGGCUUUCUACUAGCAAAUUACAAGACGGAAAAAUUCGUGCUUGGCAGAAACUCGCAAUGCGCGAAAAAUCGCGUGACAGGAUCGCAUAGAUUAGAUAUUUUGCGAACGUUUUAUCAUCAAGCGGUCGAAACGUUCGCGCUCUCGCGCGAGCACGAAGAGAGCAACGACGAGAGAGUAACCGCGAGUACCUGGAAAUUUAUUGGAGCGAAGGAAACGUAUUUGUGUUCGGAAUAUCAUAAAUGUCAUGCUGUGAAACAUGGUGACAAUAUACUUUGCGUUUUAUACACGUCUGCAGUACCUACUCAUACCACGAGGCUGAUCAGUCAGAAAAUAGUAAAAAUGAUACUUAGCGAUAA